AUGUCCGCCGAGCCAACACCCGCCCCUGUGGCUGCUGAGCAGCCGCAGCAACAGCCGCCGAGCACGACGCCCAUCCCGCCGUCUGCCGAGGCAGGCCCCUCGACGCUCCGCGUGUCCGUCAUCGACAAGUGGCUCAAGCCCAACGGCCCGCCCAAGGGCGUGAGCUUUGGCGCGCGCAAGCUCGGCGACGAGGACGACGUGUGGAGCAACAAUGCGUGGGACCACGCCGAGCUGCCCGACGACUUCAACGAGCGCGCUGCCGAGAUCAUGGAGAAGCAUCGCUCGACACCGGUCCCCGAGGCCAAGGUCGAGGACUACAACGCCCGCCCGGCUGCCUUCUGGGACGCGUUCUACUCGAACCACGCCGACCAGUUCUUCAAGAACCGGAGAUGGCUGCCGCUCGAGUUCCCCGAGCUCGUGUCGUGCUGCGAGCCGGACGCGGGGCCCAAGGUCGUGCUCGAAGUCGGCUGUGGAGCAGGCAACACCGUCUUCCCGCUGCUCAUGAACAACGAGAACCCCGACCUGCGCAUCUUUGCGACCGAUUACUCGGCCACGGCCGUCAAGGUCGUCCAGUCGAGCGAGCUGUACCCGCGGGCCGAGCACGGCCUGGGCGUGCUCAACGCGUCCGUGUGGGACAUUAGCGCCAAGCCCGCCGAGGGCUCGGGCGUGUCCUACUCGCUGCCGGAGGGCAUCGAGCCCGGCACCGUCGACGUCCUGACCGUCAUCUAUGUCCUGUCGGCCCUCCACCCCAAGGAGUGGGAGCAGGCAAUCCACAACCUCUACACGGCGCUCAAGCCCGGAGGACUGCUCUGUAUCCGCGACUAUGGACGCCACGACCUCGCCCAGCUGCGUAUCAAACAGCCCCGCCUGCUCGACGUGCCCAACUUUUACAUCCGCGGCGAUGGCACCCGCGUCUACUUCUUCGAGACCGAGGAGCUCGGCGGCAUGCUCACUGCGCCUGCGCGCGGACAGUCCGAGGGCAACAUGUUCAACGUCCACCAGCUCGCCGAGGACCGCCGCCUCAUCGUCAACCGCAAGGAGCAGCUCAAGAUGUACCGCAUCUGGCUGCAGGCCAAGGCCACCAAGAUUGAGUAG